CGACCAAAGACCGGGAGAUUAAUUCAUGUAAUUGGGGGCGAGUUUGGACAAAAGUCUGCUCCCGGGAGUCAUAUAAAUAUAAUCUCCGUCUGAUUACUUUUGUAGCAAAGGGCCGAGUUAAAGUUGAGACAAUGAUGUCAUAGUUACCUAAGUCAAUGAUGUCACAGUUACCCAGAUAGUCUUGGUGAAUGAUGCCACAACGCACCAUGUUGCUACGAUCCUAUCAGUUGACGAUGUCACGGCGAUGUAACCUUCUCAUGAUAGUCUUCCUCCUGAUGUGGGUCGUUAUACUCGUUAACGUGCUAAUGAUGUCAUCUGGUAGUGGUAAGCAGCGGGAAAGCAAAGAAAUCAAGGAAGAGAUUAUAAAGAUGAGUGUCCAGUAUGUGAAAGCCCUUGCCGACGAGAACAAAGAAACCAUCGACGGUCCUUACGCUGGCCGAUUUACUGGAUAUGAUCUGAAAAAGACUCUGGCAGUUCUACUAGAGAACGUCUUAGAAAGACUGAACAGAAUCGAGACGCGAUUUGAGUUGACCGUAAAGAAUGGAUCCCUCAAAUCAAAUGAAACCACAUCACCACUGACACAGCUACAAAAUCUCAAGGACCCGAUAGCCGCGAAUGACCUAAUUCUCGGCAAAACGGAAGAGUGCAUUCUGACAGAUAAAGAGCUUGCACGUUUUCCAAGUUGUUUAGAAAAGCGAAAGUGGAUGCGAUCAUUUUGGAAAUCUGACAAAUGUUAUGGUGAUUAUGGUGUGGACGGCUCAGAAUGCUCUAUCAUUAUAUACCUCAGCGAAGUUGAACACUGGUGUCCAGUAUUGUCAUGGAGAAAAGCUAUGAUAAAGAAUACCACAGAAGACCUGCGACAGAUUGCCACCCUGCGCUAUGACAUCACCGACCUGAUGAACAUACUCACGGAUCCUGGUAAACAGAGUUACGAUUGGAUCAAGAUGCGCAUACAGCGCAUGUGGCCUGGUUGGGUCAAGGCCAUCAAGAGUCUCGCAGCAAAACAAGUGAUGACCAAUAUCUCAAAGAAAAAGAUACUUAUCCAUCUUGGCCUACUUACAAAGGCUGUAUCAAUGCGCUUUGCUGAGAAGGCCUUCAAAGGGGGCCCACUUGGGGAACUUGUCCAGUGGAGCGACGUCAUCACAUGUUUAUAUAUUCUCGGCCACGAUUUGACAAUCACUCACGAGAUUGAUCAGCUGACGCCUUAUAUCCGGCGGCACAGUCAGGGCUUUUCCAACUGUCCACCUCGUCCCUGGAACCGGAUAGAUCUUAUAUACACCGACAUUCUCGGACUUCGUCAGUUGCGGCGGAUCGCACGCACAGCCUAUCCACGUAUUAGAUUUUUUGAUGUUUCCAAGCAUGCCAAAUCCUCGUGUUUAGCAAGAAAUGCCGACUCUGUCAACUUGAUGUACACCGAUAUAAUAGGUUUGGUGCAAAUACUUGCACAACCUGGAUAUUUUCACUUCAAAGACAGUUGUACCUUCCGUGUGGUUGACUCCUUCGGCACGGAACCCGGAUUCAACUUUGACCAGUACGCCAAAAAACACAAGCUCAUCUCGGGCUGGGGAAGACACAACCUAUGGCCGAAACAGUUUUAUAAUAUGUUCCCACACACCCCGGACAAUACAUUCCUCGGUUUCGUUGUAGAACACUCAGAGAACCUGACGAGUACGACGAAUCGCAAGAGGAAGAAUCAGGCGCUCGUUUACGGGAAAAACGAGUACAUGUGGGAGGGGAAACGGACGUAUUUAGACAUUAUUCAUAAAUAUGUUGAUGUCCACGGGACGGUGGCGCUCGGUGGGAAGAAGAGUAAGGUCGUGCCGCCUUAUGUGCAAAAUCAUGACAUUUUGUCUGGGAAAGAUUUGAUGGUCCUAUUGAAGGAAUCUAAGUUAUUUAUAGGUUUAGGCUUCCCAUAUGAAGGGCCUGCUGCUCUUGAGGCAAUUGCUAAUGGUGCUAUAUUUCUAAAUCCAAAAUUUAACCCACCGCACAGUGGUCUGAAUACACGGUUCUUCAAGGGAAAGCCCACCCUUCGAGAGUUAACCAGUCAACACCCUUAUGCAGAGAAUUAUAUUGGAGAACCAUAUACCUUCACUGUUAAUAUCAGCAACUCCACUCAGAUAGAGGAAGCUGUCCAAAAUGCCCUCCAAAAAGCAGAUGAAAUUCAGCCUCAUCUUCCAUAUGAAUUUACAGAAGAGGGUAAUCUCCAGCGUAUAAACGCGUUAGUUCAGAAUCAAGAUUUCUGUGAUCCAGCCGCCCAAAGAUGGCCGCCCCCCUCAGCAAUUAGUUAUUACUUGGGUGCCGUUGGCAAGUCCUGUAAGCAAGUCUGCCAAACCAAAGAUCUCAUUUGCGAACCUACUUAUCUUCGAGACAUCAAUAGUCAGAAGGAUUUCGAACUACGAGGUGUUAAAUGUGAGUCGAUCACAAACUCGGACGAUCUUUAUUAUCCUGCUAUAGAUGUGAAAACUAAGGCAUGUACAUUCCAAUCACAGGAGCUUUUGUAUAGCUGUGUUGGGCAGCAUCCCGAAAUGAUGCGUGUUUGCGCAUGUCGGGAUUAUAUCAAAGGACAGUCAGCUUUAUGUAAAGAUUGUCUAUGAUUAAAGUAAUGGACUAGUCUGUCCAUACGUCUCUGAUUAUUUUGAAAAUGAACAAUUUUGCAUUGUAUGUACCGGGUCCUGAAGCAUUACUAGACCCUUGUUGGCAGUGCUUGUAGCUCGCACCCACUCGCCAUCUUUGCUGAGAUCACAACUUUGUAGGCUAGUAGUAGUCAUGAGUUCUAAAAAUUGUUGAGAUGGUUGUGUUCUUGUGGAAAUGCUGGUGCGCUAGCUGAGAGAGCAGUGCUCUUUGCGAGUGGCUUUUGCCCUUGCUGAGACAGCACUGUUGUUGAGAGGCUGUCACCUUAGCUGAGAGAGCAGUGGUCUUGGUGAGAGGCUUUUGCCUUUGCCGAGAGACUGGUGCCUGUGUUAAAGCGUGCAGUGCACAGUGAUUUGGUGGAGAGAGCUUUGCUUUUGUUUGAAGACAAAGCUUAUGGGAGUGCAAUGUUUUCUUUGAAAUUACACUAUGACAUUCACUUUUGUCUCUGUAAAUGGUGUAAUACUGCCAUAUUUUCCAAAACCAGACUUGUCGUUUGUGUUUGACCAAUGAUCGAUUCAUUGGUUUGAAGGAAAUAAUAAGUUAAAAGAAAUUAUUAGGUGUAUGUUAUUUUUGUACACAGUUGCUUUCCGGUGAUGGCAGUGAAGGGAUUUUAUGUUAUACAAAGAGGCACAUAUAUAUUUUCACUUUUGUAAUUGAACACUAUAAAAUUAGAAGUAAAUUUGAACAUUUGAUGUAGGUAGAUGAAGCUGUUAAUGAAAGUCAGCAAUAGUGUUGAGAUUUACAUAAAAGGGGAGAGGUUUCACUCUUUAGCACAUACUAUCACCAGUAGCACAAAUAUUUUAACUUGUACAAGAUUUUUGUCUUGUUGUGUUUUGUGUUUGUCAGUUGUUGAACGGGUAGCUUUUCAGACCGCAUGGUUUUUUUCAAAAGGGGACAGCGAUUUUGUCAGUGUUGGGAAAAGGGCACACUUCAAAUUUGUUGAGAAAGCAGCAUUGGUGUUUGGGGAAAGCAUUUUCAUAGUUGCUGACAUAACCAAAUAUGAUCUGAUGUAGGUGUAUGUGCAAAGAAGGGUUAUAAGUUCACUACGGUUGUGAGAAGGAGUUUUCACGCAUUCAUUGCCGUGUUUAUCAUCAAAUACACGUAAACCAUUAGUAAUUGUGAUAUAUGCUCAUGGACCUAGCCUCAUGUUUUGUUUUUGCAAUGUAUUAGGUCUGCUCUACCGCAAUCGCAUAGCUGGCCACCACUUUGGAUCGUCCAUAAUUUUUAGAGUUUUGAUACUCCUUAAUACAACCUUAUGAUCACGUAAGCCAAACCUAUGAUAAAAAAGUGGUGAAGAAAAAAAUACAGUGUCACCACCAAAAUAUUGACAAGUCAACAUCUUUUGGAGAAAAAAAAGAUUGGGCGGAAAUUAGGGUCGGCGGCUAUAUGAUCAUAGAGCAGUAUUCUGUAAAAGACCACAAUGCCUUUAACAUACCUCCGCCUGAUCGCCUUAGAAAGUAGACGUUGAUGUGCACAUUAUAAUAGUGUAGUAUUAGGUAGCAUGAAUAUAACUCACCUCCUAAAAAUUUUGACAAACAAAUUCUGAAAAAAAUAUGAUCCACUUACAAAAAUGAUUUGUCACCGGUCCCAAUGCUACUGUCAUAUCUUGCUAAAGUCAGUAAACUUAAACAUUGGGGUGUCAAUCAAGGUGAUGAAGUUAAAGGCGACCUAUUGGCAGGGACUAGGGGGUCAACAUUUGUGAUAUUCAGGUGUCUAAUAUGCACAACUGCUGAGUUGUUUGAUACAGCGAUGAAUGAAAUUCUUCAUACCAGGGUAAAUUGUUUCGAUGGAGUGUAUAUGUAAGAUCCUAUUGGUGAUUCGUGUAAUUUACUCUGACCUUCCUGGCUCCUGCCUAUAGUCUCCUUUAAUGUAGAGACUCUCAAGUUGUUGUUGAAAAAUGCUGCUGACUGUUUUGGCUGAAGUAUUGGAAGUUUGCAAGGUUGCCCCUGCCUGCCAUGGGUCAAAAAGUUUGUGUUUUUUUCGGUGAUCAAAAGGUGACAAUUUCAUUCGUCUACUGAUUGUUAUCUAGAUAGUGAUCAAAUAGUUGUUGAUGUACUUAGAACUGUUUAAAGAUCAAAACCUUUGUACAUUACGAUGAGAUUUAUAGCAUAAUAAAAGUCAGAAUACAAAUGUAA